AUGGGAACUCAUAGAAGGAGAAACAAAAAAGAAGAAAAUUCAUCGUCUUCUGAGAGUGAACAUGCCUCCAUCACCAAAACGGCGAAAACAGAAGGUGACGCUGUUGUCGUUUCGUUUUCUUCAUCGCAUUACGAACAGAUUCGAGAACAAAGGAUCAAAGAGAACGCCGAGAGAAUGCAAAUGCUUGGAUUGUUGAACCUUUCUCUGAAGCUCAAGAGAACACCACGAACCUUCGUCAGGAAAAUCGCGUCACCGACUAAUCAGCCAGAAAGACGUUCUUCUAGAUUAAUGAGUGUGCCACCGGUUGACUAUUGUUUCAAGCUUCCUAAAGCUCAGCGUCAAAGUCAAAGAAGUAGGGGAAAGAAAGAAGUGGAGAUUUUUAUACCAGAAGGUACAAAGCCUGAAGUUUAUACUGAAGAGCACGAGAAGCUUCUGGGAGAUUGCGAGACUGAUUGGGAAUUGUAUGUGGAUGGAUAUGAUGAGGAUGGGGACCGUAUAUAUGAUCCAACCAAGGGAGAGAAAUGCCAUCAAUGCAGGCUCAUAACUAUUAGUCAGAUGACCAGUUGCAAUAAAUGUGAAUUGCCCCAAGGGACGAUUUGUGGAGAUUGCUUGUACACAAGAUAUGGAGAAAAUGUGACAGAAGCUAAUUUCAAUCUCAAGUGGACUUGCCCUUCUUGUCGGGAAAUUUGCAAUUGCUUUAUUUGUCGCAGGAAAAAUGGUUGGAUGCCUACCGGCAAUAUAUACCAUAAGGUGACAAAAUUGGGUUUCAAAUCUGUUGCUCAUUAUCUGAUUAAGACUCGUCGUCUUGAGAAAAAUAUGGAAGGCUCAGAUUCUGAAAUUGUUGCCCAGGAAAUACCAGAGGCCUCUCCAGAUUCUACACUAAUUGCACCAGUUCGGACAAGAAGGGCUUUUAGAAGUUAA